ACUUACUUUGAAAUGGUGCAAUCUGAAUCAACUACUAAUAGAUUAUUCGAUGCUGUUAACUUAGACUGUGCAGUUUGGAGCACAUCUAGCAAUGAAGUUUAUUAGUUGUCUGAAAGUUAUUGCCUGGUCCAGUUAUGCCAACUUUAGAUGACAUUUUAGAACACGUUGGGGAAUUUGAUUUAUUCCAGAAACAAGCCUUUUUUUUCCUAUGUCUGCUCUCGGCUACUUUUGCCCCCAUUUAUGUGGGAAUUGUCUUCUUGGGCUUCACUCCGGAUCACCACUGCUUCAGUCCUGGUGUUUCAGAGUUAAGCAAGCGAUGUGGCUGGAGUUUGGAAGAGGAGCUGAAUUACACAGUGCCGGGUCGGGGCGUACCGGGAGAUGCUUUUACCAGCCAGUGCCGGAGAUAUGAUGUGGACUGGAACCAAACAGCCCUCAGCUGCACGGACCCUUUAGCCAAUUUUACUGGCAAUAGAAGCCACAUCCCUCUUACCACUUGCCAGGAUGGCUGGGUAUAUGACACUCCAGGCUCUUCCAUUGUGACUGAGUUUAACCUGGUGUGUGCCGAUGCUUGGAAGGUGGACUUGUUCCAAUCCUGUGUAAAUGUGGGAUUCUUUCUUGGCUCUCUGGGAAUUGGCUAUGUAGCAGACAGGUUUGGUCGCAAAGUGUGUCUCUUAAUUACAGUCUUCAUCAAUUCUCUGUCUGGAGUCCUCAUGGCCAUCUCCCCCAACUAUGUCUCUAUGCUCAUUUUUCGUUUGCUGCAAGGACUGGUCAGCAAGGGGAGCUGGAUCUCUGGAUACAUCUUAAUCACAGAAUUUGUUGGUCCAGGAUAUAGAAGAACCGUGGCUAUUCUCUACCAGAUGGUUUUUACUGUUGGCCUUGUGGUACUCUCAGGGAUUGCUUACAUGAUCCCCCACUGGCGAUGGCUCCAGCUUACUGUUUCUGUCCCAACCUUCCUCUUUUUGCUCUAUUACUGGUGUGUACCUGAAUCUCCUCGAUGGCUGUUGUCACAGAAGAAAAAAACCAAAGCAAUAAAGAUAAUGGACCACAUUGCCCAAAAGAAUGGGAAACUACUGCCUGCUAAUCUCAAGACUCUUUCUCUUGAAGAAGAUGAUGAUACUGAAAAGCUGAGUCCUUCCUUCAGAGACCUAUUCCGAACCCCACAGAUAAGGCGGUACACUUUAAUCCUGAUGUACAUCUGGUUUUCAAGUUCUGUGCUUUAUCAAGGUCUCAUUAUGUACAUGGGGGCCACAGCUGUUAACCUUUACCUGGAUUUCUUCUACUCUGCUUUGGUUGAGUUUCCAGCUGCUCUGAUCAUCAUCUUCACCAUUGAUCGCGUUGGUCGCCGCUAUCCUUUGGCUGCCUCCAAUUUUAUUGCAGGGAUAGUUUGCUCUAUCAUGAUAUUUAUCCCCAGUGAUAUACACUGGUUAAAAGUAACCGUGGCAUGUGUUGGUAGAAUGGGGAUUACUAUUGCGUUUCAGAUGGUUUGUUUAGUGAAUGCAGAAUUAUAUCCCACAUUUAUCAGGAACCUUGGAGUGAUGGUCUGUUCUUCCUUGUGUGAUGCGGGUGGAAUCAUAACCCCUUUUAUUGUCUUCAGACUGACAGAAAUUUGGCAUGAGCUACCCCUUAUUUUAUUUGCUUUGAUUGGUGUCCUUGCUGGUGGAAUGGUAUUGCGUCUACCAGAAACAAAGGGGAAGAUGUUACCAGAAACCAUUGAAGAUGCUGAGAAGCUGGGGAAGGGAAAGCCCAAAGAAAACAAGAUCUUCCUUCAGAUUGAAAAAUCCGAAGAUGUGGACAUCUGAAAGAGAUGUGGCCUUGUUGAAAUGGUUUGUUGGAUAAAGGAAGAUUGAUUAUCAUUGGAAAUGCAUGAGGAGAAGCACACCUUUUCUCUUACUCUUGCUCCAUUGGUGCUACUCUGACACUUGUCCAUCAGGUUUUUGCUGAGAGAUCCAGAAAGCAGUGACAAUUUUAGAAAAAUCAUUUCUGGUUUUAAUGGUGUUCUUCUACUAAUCCACUGAAAUCAUCACCGACUUUUUAAAAAAAAUCUAUUUAUCUUUUAAAAAAUCAAGAUUUUGUGAUUGUGAUCAUAAUAUUAUUAACAAUCAAUUAAAAAGCAUGUAUAUACCAGGCACUAGCUCUGUGAUCCAGCUAAGCCACUUAAUUCCCAGAUUAUUCUCUAACAUUGUAAAUCAUCAGAGGAAAUUAUAAUCUGCACUGGUAAGAAGAGUUGUGUUUUUCUGGAGGUUCCUACACCAAUGAGGAAAUCACAAAUCUAAUGCCUCGUCAUUUUUUUUUUUUUGGUACCCUUCUAAAAAUGCAGCUAUUUUGAAAUAAAUGUGUUAGAUUAUGAAAUAUUUUUGAUAUGAAUAACUCAUAGUCAGAGGUAAUGGAGAUAAUGAUUCAGUGAUAUUAUGGUUCUCCAUUUGAUGAUAUGAAAUGGAAUUUUCUCUUUAUAAUUAUUUUGUCUUUAGUCUCUAAAUGACCUCUGAAGUUCCCCUCUAGUAAAAAGUUUAUGAUCCUAAACAUAAAAUCUCCUGGGGUUAUAUGAAGGAUAUCCAACUAUUUUGUUAAGUUUUAUAAGAAUAGGGCAGGCCUGUUAUAAUGGAGCUUACAGUUAUACAUUUACUGAUUUUGGAUGAUGGUCUUUUUUUGUUAGGAAUAAACAUUCAUCUCUCAAAACUUAGGAUCUUUUUCUCUGAUAUGUAGUGAGUUCAACUUCCUUGAUAACUUCAGUAAAUAUUUCUCUAAUAAUUUUUAUAGAUUUUUUUUGUUUUUAUACUCCUUUCAUUUCCAAAUAUAUCCCUUCCUCCUCUCCAGUGAGUCAUGUUUCUAAAAAAACUAAUAAAGCAAAACUAAUCAAGACAUCAGCCCAGACUGAUGUACACACUUCUUCCAUUCUUCCCAGGGGUACCUUUUGGUCAUUAUAAAUACACACUGUUCAGGUUGGCUAUUGUUUUUUCCAUUUAUUUUGUUAUAACCAUGUGUAUAUGUUUUUCUGAUUCUGCUUAUUUUACUCCGUAUCAGUUGACAUAAGUCUUUUUUUUUUUUUUUUACUGAAUUCUUCAUUAUUUUGACAGUGAGAUAAUAUUCCUUUACAAUCACAUAUCACAGUUUGUUUAGGAUUGGGCGAUCUUUCUGAAACAAACUUAAACCAAGUGUCUAGGUAUUCCUGGACAUUAUUUUUCCAUUAGGAUUUCUUGCAUUUCAGCACAGAACAAAAAAAAUUUGAGACUCUUUGUGGUGCAAAGACUCUCUCGUACUUGUUAAUAUGUUUUCUUUUUUGUAAAAAGAUUUUGAUCAUGAACUAAUAUCUGCCUGUGCAACCAAGAAAGCAUCAGAUUAUUUUUUUUUUGGGGGGGGCAGCUAGAUGGCACAAUGGACAGAGCACUAGUCCUGAAAUCAGGAGGAAUUGAGUUUGAAUUUGACCUCAGGCAUUUAAUAUUUACUAGCUGUGUGACCCUGGGCAAGGAAAAAAAGAAAGAAA